UUGCACCUGUUUAGAUGCAGGCGUUAUGCGACCUAGUCCCGGUGUAUAUCACUUCCUUGUUGUCCAACAUGGCGGGUGUGAGGACACUGCUUCUGUGGGCGGUGGUGACAGAGUGUUGGAUACUGUUUAUACUGGGGUCCUGUCCAGCAGGGAAGUUUGGCGAUUCUUGUAGCUACAGCUGCCACUGUGGACAGUCCUGUAACCAGACAACUGGAAUUUGUGGAGGUGGUUGUGAUAAAGGCUGGGUUGGAGGACAUGGAGGAAGCUGUCAAAAGGAAAACAUUGCCUACAAGAAACGUGCUACAUCUUCUGGGAUCUAUAAGUCUGGCUGGACUGCAGACAAAGCUGUAGAUGGGAACUGGGACCAGGAAGUAAACCACAACUCCUGCUACCACUCUUCUAAACCUCCAAGUGUGUGGACAGUGGACCUGGGACAGCAGUACAGGAUACACGAUGUCAAGAUAUACAACCGGGAUGGAUAUGUUGACUUAAUCCGAUCCGCUGUCCUCUCUCUGAGUAACUCCAGCAGCUCCACAUCUGGCGUACCUUGCUACACCUUCCCCAGCAACACUAUAAAAGGCAACUCUGUGUACGAUGUCAUCUGUGAUGGAAGGGGACGAUACUUCACCAUCACACACUGGACAGACCUUCUAAAUAUCUGUGAAGUGGAGAUCUAUGAAUGUUCUAAUGGGACCUAUGGACAAAACUGCAGCAAGCGAUGUACUGACAGGAACUGUGCAGGAAACUCACCAUGUGAUCAUGUGACAGGAUCAUGUGUGCCCGGAUGUAAAGUAGGGUGGAUGGGUACAGACUGUGUGGAGGAGUGCGAUCAAGACCAUUACGGACUCAACUGUAACGACAAGUGUGGCAACAGGAACUGUGCUACUGAUACAUCGUCAUGUGACCGGCGGACUGGGUCGUGUGUCACCGGGUGUCUCCCUGGAUGGACAAAAGUGGACUGUACACAGGAAUGUUCCUCACGGACCUAUGGACAAAACUGCAGCAAGCGAUGUACUGACAGGAACUGUGCAGGGAACUCGCCAUGUGACCACGUGACAGGAUCAUGUGUGCACGGAUGUAAAUCCGGGUGGAUGGGUAUAGACUGUGUAGAGGAGUGCGAUCAAGACCAUUACGGACUCAACUGUAACGACAAGUGUGGCAACAGGAACUGUGCUACUGAUACAUCGUCAUGUGACCGGCGGACUGGGUCGUGUGUCACCGGGUGUCUCCCUGGAUGGACAAAAGUGGACUGUACACAGGAAUGUUCCUCACGGACCUAUGGACAAAACUGCAGCAAGCGAUGUACUGACAGGAACUGUGCAGGGAACUCGUCAUGUGACCACGUGACAGGAUCAUGUGUGCACGGAUGUAAAUCCGGGUGGAUGGGUAUAGACUGUGUGGAGGAGUGUGAUGAAGACCAUUAUGGAGUCAACUGUAACGGGACGUGUGGCAACAGGAACUGUGCUACUGAAAAAUCGUCAUGUGACCGGCGGACUGGGUCAUGUGACACCGGGUGUCUCCCUGGAUGGACAAAGGUGGACUGUAAAGAAGAAUGUUCCCGAGGGACCUAUGGACAAAACUGCAGCAAGCAAUGUACUGAGAGGAACUGUGCAGGGAACUCGUCAUGUGAUCAUGUGACAGGAUCAUGUGUCCCCGGAUGUAAAACAGGAUGGAUGGGUAUAGACUGUGUGGAGGCUUGCGAACACGAUCUGUAUGGUCCAAACUGUACCAAGACUUGCGCCUCCAGACACUGUAUGGGGAACUCUUCCUGUAACUCAACAGGGGGAUGUGACACUGGGUGUGAGGAAAGGUGGACAGGGACUGACUGCACAGCAUGCGACAGUCAACGUUAUGGAUCAAACUGCACCAAGAACUGCACCUCCAGACACUGUGCGGGUGAUUCAUCCUGUAAUUCUAAAGGGGACUGUGACAGCGGUUGUCAGACAGGGUGGAUGGAGUCAGACUGUACAGCGGAAGUGUUUCAAGAGGCCGUGUCAUCUGAUCCCACCAUCUCUAUACCAACAUAUGCUGGAGUGGUGGGUGUUGUGCUGGUUGGCCUUGUGCUGGUUCUCAUCUUUGUCUUCAUCAGACGAAGGAAACUCUCGAAAAGGAAGCAUGGCGAUGCUGAACUGGUCUCAAAGACUGUGCAGAGCUCUCAAGAUGAAGGCAAUGUCUACAUGAAUGUUGGACGUAAUGAAGAGAAGCAGUCCGCAAUAGCUUCAAAGAAGAGGCUAACACAGGUUCAACCUGAAUCCCCACAGGAGGAGGAGAAGGAAGAGGAGGAGGAGGAGGAGCCGGAAGAGGAGGAGAAGAAGAAAGAGGAGCCGGAAGAGGAGGAACAAGAAGAGACCUAUGACACAACAACACAGCGAGAGGAAGCAGCGGAAAUCCCUGACAGAAACUACUACAACCUAGAGGAGGCUGGCAUUGGUCGUGUGAUCCCUAUUUCUACAUUACAAGCAAGAGCUCAAGAAUUUGAAGAAACACCUGAACUUGCAGAAGAUGAAUUUAAGCGUCUACCGGAUGGCUUCAUUCAUCCUUACGUGGAAUCACAGAUGCCAAAGAACAACGGGAAGAACAGAUUCAAAGGAUAUUUCCCAUAUGACUACAACCGUGUUUUGCUACAGGAUGGCGAUGGUGGUGGAGAUUACAUCAACGCCAGCUACGUGGAUGGCUACAAGAAGGACAAGCGCUAUAUAGCAGCACAAGGUCCCUACAACAAUCAAGUGGUAGUCGACUUCUGGAGAAUGAUCUGGGAGAAGGAAUGCAGAACUGUUGUCAUGGUAACCGGGCUCGUUGAGGCGGGCAAGGUGAAGUGUCUUCGAUACUGGCCUGAGAAAGGUACCAAAAAGUACGGAGAUGUAAUGGUUACAAUGGUAUCGGAAACACGGCUAUCGAACUACACAUUUACAAACCUGUCUGUGGAGAAUGCAAAGGAAAGGAAGAAAUGGGACGUCAGCCACCUCCACUUCACCAGCUGGCCAGACCAUGGCGUGCCGGACACUGCUGCCCUGCUGGACUUCAUGUGGAGGGUCAAGGUCAUAUCGGGACAACAAACUCAGCCGAUCAUAGUCCACUGCAGGCACAUUACCACUUUUUCAUCUUUUGAACUUUUAGAACGAAUCCAAGAAACCAUUACCGCUAUACUUACUUCUCCCUUCAGUGCUGGAAUAGGGAGGACAGGAACGUACAUCGCAGUCGAGAAUCUCGUGGAGCAGGCAAAGGCAGAGGACGUUGUGGACGUCGUCAGCUUCGUCUCCAACAUGAGAGGGCAAAGGAAGAACAUGAUACAGACAAAGGAGCAGUACAUGUUCGUGUACCAUGCGGUGGCGAGGGCGGUGACAGACGGUGACACGUCAGUGGACGUUGACGACAUCAGACAGAUGGAUCUUGGCUGCGUGUCUGAUAUCACCUUUGGGAACAGGACUGUGCGACAACAUCUGGAGGCGUUGAGGAAUGUACAGCGAGGAAACCCAGAGAGCUUCGGCGUCAGAUGCGUUCACUCCUACACAAAGAGCAAUGGCUUCUUCAUAAUGACGUCACAUCCGGACAAAGAGGACGUGUGGAAUCAGGUUUACAACAGUGACUCAAACAGCCUGAUAACAUUUGCUGUCGGUGAUCUGACAUAUCUACCAUCCGUUGAUCAUCCCAUUACAACCAAGAGCUUUGCAGUGAACAUGCGCAGGUCAGCAGUCUUGUCCAAUGGCAUUCUGAUGAAUACAAUUGACAUCAAUUUACUGGACUGUGACGAUACCACCUGCAUACAGCACUAUCACAUCGCAGGAAGUGCACGGGACCCGAAUAUCAACUUGAUGAUUGACAGUUUCCUUACAUGGACCAGUGAUCCACAGCGAAGUUCCAGCACUAUUAUCUCUGAUUCUUUGACUGACUGUCGUCUUCUGGUGCUCUUGGUGAACAUUGCCAGCAGACUGCAAGACGACGGUAGAGUGGACGUCAUCAACAACAUGCGACAGCUCUACACACGUCUUGGAGGUCCGCCAUAUACUGAGGCUGACGUUUCGUUCUGUCUAGAGUCUGUCCAGCGGCAGCUGGAGUCAAGCAAUGUUUACGUCAACUUCUGACAGCUUCCAGAAGAAAACAACACAUUAUAUGACAUUACAAUUCCACCCCAACAUACAUGUCUAUGAAGAAAGCAGAGAAAUAUGACCAAUUCAUAUCAAAUGUACAUCAUUCUUGAUUACGGUGGAUGUAAAUCGUUCACUACAAGCAUAUUCGUACCUCCUGAAUUUGGAAAGAACGCAACUGCUUCCCCACCAUCAGACUUAAUAUUUGAAACCAUCAGACGAACAUAUAACUAACAAAAGCAGGAUGCGGUAAAUCAAACUAAUCAUAUAUACUUACACACCUUUAGAACACUAUAUGUUUAUACUGUAGGGAACCGAUUUCAAACUGUGUGAGAAA